CGCGUCGAACGCACACGUCCCCUCGGGUCACAUGACCUGCUCCGCUGGCUCGCGGACAAACAGCCGACUCCUCCUGCUCUUCAAUCUGUAAUUCAGCCAGCGGUAUGAUAGGAAAAUCAGAGGUCUGUGGCGAGGAUAACACCCAUUAAAACCAGCCGGAUACCCGCACUGAGAUUACAAAGAGUUGUCGAUGCUGGACUCCCUGAUUCCCCGGUAUUAGGAGACAUGAUGGCCUCCAGCGACGUGGACACUAGAGAAGGUACUUUGUUUUCAGACCAGAAUCCCUCAGAAAUGGACGCUCUGUGUCCCUCUCCUCCCGGACCGACCCGACCCCAACGCCUCUACGAGAGGAUCGGAGGACGGGAAGGAACCUCUUUUUGCCAGACUCUGAUCCACCUGUUGAAAGGGAACAUCGGUACAGGGCUGCUGGGUUUGCCUCUGGCGGUGAAGAACGCCGGCCUGGUGCUCGGCCCCAUCAGUUUGCUGUGUAUGGGGGUGAUAGCAAUCCACUGUAUGACGGUGCUGGUGAAAUGUUCCCACUACCUCAGUAUAAAGGUGAACAGGGCGUCUCUGACGUACGGAGAGGCGAUGCAGUACGGGAUGGAGAAUGUUUCCUGGCUGAGGAGACACUCGCAGUGGGGAAAAGUGACGGUGAAUGUGUUUCUGAUCAUCACUCAGCUCGGAUUCUGCUGUGUCUACUUUGUCUUCCUCAGUGACAACAUCAAGCAGAACAUCCAGUACCCCAUCGACCUCCCUAAAGUUGGAAGACUCAAAGACUAUCCUCUCUUCUUCGGGACGGCCAUCUUCGCCUUCGAGGGAAUCGGAGUGGUUCUUCCUCUGGAGAACAAGAUGAACCGGCCUCAGAGCUUCAUCCCUGUUUUAUAUUUGGGGAUGGGCAUCGUCACCUUCCUCUACGUCACCCUCGGCACCAUCGGGUAUUUGUGCUUUGGAGACACCAUCGGAGGAAGCAUCACCCUCAACCUGCCAAACUGCUGGACCUACCAGGGGGUGAAGCUUCUCUACUCUUUCGGUAUCUUCAUCACUUUCGCCCUGCAGUUCUACGUCCCUGCGGAGAUCCUCAUCCCCCCUGUGUUGGCUCGUGUGUCGGUGAGAUGGGAGCGACCCGUGGACAUGUUGCUGCGCACCGUCCUCGUCCUCUUCACAUGCGCUCUUGCCAUCCUGAUCCCAGAGCUGGACCUCGUCAUCUCAUUGGUCGGUUCGGUCAGCAGCAGUUUUCUGGCGCUGAUCUUCCCGCCCAUCCUGCAGAUCAUCACUUUCCACACGGAGGGUCUUUCUCCUCUUGUCACCAUCAAAAACGCCGCCAUUAGCCUCAUCGGGCUCAUCGGCUUCAUCACGGGAACUUACAUCGCCAUCGAGAAGAUCAUAGAGCGAAACGGACUCAAAAGCACCGAGGCGUUUUCCUCCUUUAUGGUGCAGUGAUGACCCGAAAAAAGACAUUUAGAAAACAUAUUAGGGCACUUUUUUUAUUUUACUUUAUCCUUCCACUUGCUGCUGUUGGAUAUGGUGGACACUGCUUUUUGUUGCAUUAAUCUAUCGCGUUUUUAAGAAGCUGUGAGGAUGUAUAUUUCAUCCUUUCAUCGCUUUCUGACUCGAUUUCAUUGCUGUAACAAACUGCCACACUUAAUUUAAAGUACUGGAAAGUAGUGCAAACUUACAAUAACGUAAUAAUAAUGAUAAAUUCAUUCCUUCAGGUAGCUUCGAGAGAUUUUAGGUAGAGGUAUUUAAGAGGUAGUCUAUCAUUUUGAAUAUAUGAAUGUUUAAUCAAACUACCCCACACAUGUGUUUAUUUAAAUCUGGACUAUCAAACACUUUCCACAUUAGUUGUUGACCUUUAGUUUUCUGUAGAUAUUUUAACCACCACCUCAUUUAGAAGAAAAUCAACAUUUGUUGUUGCACUUUGAUGUAUGCCUUAUUCAGUAACGUCGUGCUACUUUGACAUUAGACACAUCAUGAAAACUCUAAAUCAAGUAUCUGUAUUUUUAGCGAAUAAUGGAGUUGAGUAUCAUUACAUUAAAUAAGAACUAAUUGGAAAAUAUAAGAGCUUUCUGGGGAAUUAUUCAGAAGCGAGGUGUUGCAAUAGUCCUUGAAAGAAUGGAAGUUAAUAACAUUCACCAAAGAAAAUAAUUGGAAUCUUUUUUUUAUAAUUUAGAGAUUUUACAUUUCUCAUCAUUUUAGAUUCUUAAUGUUUCUGAAAAAGUCAAAUUUGUCUGAAAAGUCAUCAUUUGGACCAAAAGUUAGAACUUUAAUAAAAAGCCAGAAUUUCCGAAAAAAAUCUGAAAAAUUUACUUUUUCCAUACAAUUUACUUAAAGUGUUACAAAUUUGACUUUUUCAGAAAAAAUUAAAGCAUUUGACUUUUUCAGAAAAUUCUAGAAAAUGUUUAUUUUUCUGAAUAUUUCCAAAAAAGUUACUUUUUAAAAAAAAUUCAAGAAAAUGUCAGGAAAUUUUACUUUUUCAGAAAAUGUUACUUUCAGAAAUUUCUUAAUUUUUCAGAAAAGUCAUAAUUUGCAAAAGUAAAAUUUAAGAACAUUUUGAGAAAAAAAGUCUAAUUGUCUUGAAUGUUAUAAUUUGGACAAAAUGUUAGAACUUUAAGAAAAAAACAGAAUUUUGUAUUUCAAAUUUUUUUUCCACAUUUUUUCCUAAUCCUCAAGAUAUUAAAACACUUUUUAAAUGAUUUCUCUUUUGUACAACACAUUAUAAUUAAGGAAAGUUACAGAGCAGCACUGUUUGUGUUUCUAGUCUCUAUAAGGCACCAACAAUCACGUGAUGCUGGAACCUGAGAUCUGGAUCGAAAAUACGAUAAAAGGGAAAAUAUAUUAUUCAUAGGAUUUAAUCAAAAUAAAUAUGGAUGAUUGUAAUCAGUAAGAUCUCCCUGAUACUCGACCCUAGCAGAAUGAACCGUCACUAAACAAAGUAAUAAUGGAGUCAGACUUUAGGAACCGAGUCGUACCGUCUUUAUGUCGGAGCUCUCCUGUGUUUCUGAUUCUUUUGAUCCCAUUUUUUUUGGGUGUUUUAAUGUAUUUACAAACAUUUCUGACUCACGUUGUUGUUGUUUGUUUAUUAAACAGCAUGCAUUUUUAAACACCUAACCUUGAAAAUGUUAUUUUCUUUGUGUUUUAAUUGAACAGAGAGGCUCUGCAUGUAUUAUAAUGUAAUGUAUGUAAUAUAAAACACAUUUGACACGUUUUAGUUAUUCUGGGUUUAACCGCAGACUCACUGCUUCUGUUCAGACGUCUCCAGUGUUAUGUGGCAGUAUACAAAAGGCUUGUUGAUAUAAAAGCCUUAUUCAUAAAGAAUUCAAACCAG